AUCUUGGCCACCGCUUCCCUCGCAAUUAAACACACCUGCAGUCUCUCUCAAAGGUCAAAUGGUCUUUCGCACAAACAGAAAGUUGCAACUGCAAGCUAUCCCAACCAAAUCCAGACGCUAACCCGAUUCAACUACCCACCCAAAAAGCUGAUGGCCGCCGCAUCGCCGGAUUCCGGCGACCUCAUCCUGGUCGAACCGGCGAGGCCGGGGUCCCAGGUCGCCGUGGUGACCAUCAACCGCCCCGAGGCGCUGAACGCGCUGACGCGGUCGAUGAUGAUCUCCCUGGCCGCGGCGUUCCGGCGGCUGGGCGCUGAUGACGGCGUCGCCGUGGUGGUGCUCGCGGGGCGCGGCCGCUCCUUCUGCUCCGGGGUGGACCUGACGGCGGCGGAGGAGGUGUUCAAGGGCGACGUCACUGACACCACCGCCAACCCCGUCGCCCAGAUGGAGCUGUGCCCAAAGCCUAUAAUCGGCGCCGUCGCCGGAUUCGCCGUCACCGCGGGGUUCGAGAUCGCCCUCGCCUGCGACCUCCUCGUCGCUGGCCGUUCCGCCAAGUUCCUCGACACCCAUGCCAAGUUUGGGAUAUUUCCUUCUUGGGGUCUUUCACAGAAGCUCUCUCGUCUCAUUGGGCCGAAUAGAGCGCGAGAAGUGUCACUAACUUGCAUGCCUGUCACUGCUGAAAUGGGGGAGAAGUGGGGACUUGUUAACCACAUUGUGGAUGAUAGUCAGGUGCUGAGUAAGGCCAUAGAGGUCGCCGAGGCCAUUGCAAGGAACAACCACAACUUGGUGGUGCUGUAUAAAUCAGUAAUAAACGAUGGGCUUCAGCUGGACAUGGAGCAUGCCCGAGCUCUUGAAAAGGAAAGGGCUGUCAACUAUUACAAUGGCAUGACAAAGGAGCAAUUCACAAAUAUGCAGAAAUUUAUACAAGGUCGGAGUUCUAAAGCACCAUCAAAGCUGUAGAUACCUCUGUAUGCACUGAAAGAUCAAUUUCCUUUACAUAGCUCCUGAAAAGGUUCGAGGCUUAUUCGGUUUGGAGGAAAAUAAAUCUUACGACAAGGAAUAACAUAGGAUUAUGAGAGGGUAGCACUUGCCAUCCUAAGGAAUUGUCUCAUUUCUAUGGACAAAAAGAGGUUAGACAUAAUGUUUUCCAAAAACACAGGAAAUCAAUGUGAUUCCUAAAGAAAUCAAUUGGAUUUUUAAGGGAUCACUUUGUCAUUUCGUACAAAACAAAUGCAUUUAAAAUGAAUCUUUUUAUGGAA